AAUGAGUACAAACUCCAAAACACAUAGCAAUUUCUUCAAAGAGAGUAACCUGAGAGAAGUCGGUUUCACUAUUGAUAAAGUGAUCAAAAUACUCAAGAAGGCAAUUACCAAUGGUAAAGCCAGUGAUUUCUUAAUGGCUAAGAGCAAGAGAGAUGACCAUAGGUACCCUCUUCACCUAAGCUUUAGAGAGGAUGUGACUAGGCUAGCCCAAGUUCUUGAAUCAUGAGUCGCGGCCCAGGUAGAAACAGAUAGGCAGAUUGAUAAGAAACUAGUGAAAUUAGCUCAAUUACUAGUCCAAAUUCCUGAAGCAGUCCUCAAGAGUCAUGAGAAAGCAGACGAAGGAGUUGAUAUUAGCAAGUCUACUCAAGAAUGAGAUAUUAAUGAAGAGACUGAAAAGCAGAUCUCCAACAUCCUUCAAGUUUUGGAUAAUCUUUGAGGUUUUGACUGAAUAAAGAAAGCUGAAGAUUCAUACUUAUUAGAGAAGGUACUCUUGACAAAAUAACUAUAUUCUUUCAAAACAGUCGACUCUUGAGAAGCCUAUUGUUGAUACAGAAGAAAGCAAGGUAGAGAAUCUUAAGCUAUUGGAGGGCGAUGAUGCUGAAAAGUCAGUCAUACUAGCUGAAAGUUCAGGAGAAAUCUUGAUGCACAACAAGGUGACUCUGUCCAUCUUCAACAGAAAGGAAGAUAGUCUGGUAGGACUCAACUUCUUUGAACUCAUGAGCAGCUAUGAUAAAUAAGUUCUUCAAGCUAAACUGCAUGCAUAAUCACUACUUGAUGAAUGAUGGAAUGGAUAUGGAUUGUCAGCAAAGAUCUCACCUAGUUCAUUCAAAAUAACAGCUGUGUACAAGGAUACCGAGUUGUUUAUUCAGAGUCUUGAAAGAAGAGCACAAUUAGAUACUCAACUCCUCAUACUGAAAAAGUAAAGUACAAAGAGCUAAAUGUACUUGUGAGCAAAAUUAGGCCUACAAAAUACUCCACUGUUGUCAGUAUAAAAGAGGAUCACCAUUACAAGAACUCCAAGAUCUCUAAAUAUUUUGAUACAAAAGAACUUCAAUAUGGAGUUGAAGAGAAAGAGUUUAUAAAAAUCUAUACCAGGAAAGCCAGUGAGAGAACAAAGCAGAAGCAGUUUGCUCUUAUCUCUCAGCCUGAAUUCCAGAAACAAGUCAUGCCUGAUAUGAACCAUGAAGCGGCUGAAUGUUUACAAGUAGCUCCAAAUAUCUCCCCUCAUCUGCCGGAUUUUGAAGAUUUCCAGUCAUUCUUGGAUUACAUUUAGGUAGUCCAUCCUAAUCCAUGGCAAAAUUAGAGCUACUAAUUUUCAGUUAGACAGCUGU